AAGAAAGAAGAAAAAUAUGGUGAGGGGGAAUCAAAAGAGAAAUACACAGGAAGUAAACAACAAGACAAGAAAGAGAUGAUGGCAGCUGGGGACACGGGUAUACUCAUGCCAAGGGGCACACCCACAAAAACAGCAGGACAAUCAGCAAGAGAAAUCAGAGCAAGCAAGAAACCAGAGUUAGCAAGCUGUGAAAGAGACAGACAGCAUGAGCACUUCAGGCAAAGUCAUUAAAUGCAAAGCAGCUAUUGCCUGGGAGCCUAAGAAACCAUUUUCCAUUGAGGAGGUGGAAGUUGCCCCCCCAAAGGCACACGAAGUUCGCAUUAAGAUUUUGGCUACAGGGAUCUGUCGCUCGGAUGACCAUGUUAUGAGUGGUGCAUUAACUGUGCCUUUUCCAAUAAUUCUUGGCCACGAAGCAGCUGGUAUUGUAGAGAGCGUUGGAGAAGGGGUGACUUGUGUGAAACCAGGUGACAAAGUCAUCCCGCUCUUUGUUCCACAGUGUGGAGAGUGUAGCUCUUGUGUAAGCUCCAAGGGCAAUCUGUGCACUACAAAUGACCUUGGUGCAGUUCGCGGCUUAAUGAAGGAUGGCACCACUAGGUUUACCUGCAAAGGAAAACAGAUUCAUCAGUUUAUUAGUACAAGCACCUUCACUGAAUAUACAGUGGUGCACGAGACAGCAGUUGUCAAAAUUGAUGCUGGUGCUCCUCUAGAAAAAGUCUGUCUGAUCGGCUGUGGAUUUUCCACUGGUUAUGGGGCUGCCCUCAAUACUGCCAAGGUGGAACGUGGUUCUACCUGUGCUGUCUUUGGUCUGGGAGGAGUUGGCCUCUCUGUUGUCAUGGGCUGUAAAGCUGCUGGUGCUUCCCGGAUCAUUGGGGUUGACAUCAACAAAGACAAAUUUGCCAAGGCUAAAGAGUUAGGAGCCACCGAGUGCAUCAACCCUCAGGACUUCACAAAGCCCAUUGAAGAUGUGCUGAAGGAGCUGACUGGUGGUAAUGGUGUGGACUAUUCCUUUGAAGUCAUUGGACGCACUGAUACCAUGACAGCUGCCCUGGCAUCCUGCCACAUGAAUUACGGAAUGAGUGUGAUUGUAGGAGUGCCUCCAUCAGCGUCACAGAUCACCUACCCUGCUAUGCUUCUCUUCACUGGACGCACCUGGAAGGGGUCUAUUUUUGGAGGCUGGAAGAGCAAAGAUUCUGUCCCUAAACUAGUUGCAGACUACAUGGGGAAAAAAUUCAACCUGGAUGCAUUAAUAACCCACACUAUGCCUUUCGAUAAAAUCAACGAAGGAUUUGAACUACUGCGGGCAGGGAAGAGUAUCCGCACUGUUCUGGUGUUUUAGGAUUGGCAUGGGGGUUAUCAACAGCAUGACACAUCUCAUCCAAAAUCUCCUCCCUGCAAUAUCUAUAUCGUGAAAUCAUAAAACAAAAUGUGGAAAGUCUUGGAUGGUUCUUUGCUACUAAUAGCUGAGUAAAAUGGACCAAACAAAAGCUGGAGUCAUCUGGACAGAAUUUGAUUAAUAAGGAAGAAUCUUUCUAAGCACAGAAUUUGAAAUACAAACUGUUGUUUGGAGGUCUUUUAAAUAGAGGCAUAUAAGAAGGAAAUGAAUCUGCUUCCUACCAGGGUAUCCUACAAAGGACCCUCUAUUGGUGAUUUCUUUAAAUCCUUUACCCUGUUGCCCCUUUCUGUGCUGAAUCCUCGCUGUUUAAUUAGUACAAUUAUAAGCAUAUGAAAUCUACGGUACUUGACAUCUCAAACACCAGUAUGUUGUGAAAUGCCUUGAUUCUUUUUUUUUUAAUUGUUGUACUACCUGAGGUGAGAGAGAGAUGUUUCUUUAGGUCUUUGUCUAGCAUCCUGUGAGGUGUUAAUUUUUCCUCAAUGAUGGUCCUUUAUCCAUCUUGAAAUAAUUUGGUUUUCUGAAUACCCAAGAGAAGAAAGUUAUUGGUGGUUUUAAAAAAAAAAAAAAAGAAUCCAGGAACAGGUAACUCCAGUGCAGCAGUUCUCAAACUGUGGGUCACAACUCCGUUUUCAUGGGGUCACCAGGGCUGGCGUUAAAUUUGCUGUGGCCAAAGCUUGAGCCCCACUGCCUGGGUCCAAAGCUGAAGCCCAAUCCCCACCACCUGGGAUCAAAGCCUGUGGGCUUCCCUCCCUGGAGUGGCUAUGGCUUCCCUGUCGGGGGCAGCAGGGCUUGGGUGGGCUUAGUCUUUGGGGUCCCCCCCUUGGGGACAUGUAGUAAUUUUUGUUGUCAAAAGGGAGUCACAGUGCAAUGAAAUUUGAGAACCCUUGUUUUAGUGUUUAAAUCUUUAAAUAUGUUACAUAAUACUCAAUGGUAUAGUGAAAGAAAUUGCAAUAUAUGGCAUUAGUUAGCAGGAUAUUAGAGAACUCUUUUAUUUACUACUUCUGAUUCAAGUAUAUAAUAUUUUAAACAUCAGUCAUUAUAUCUUGUCAUUUGCCUUUUUAAAUUCUCUUGAACCUGCAAGAUGCUCAGUGCCCUCAACUGGAGUCCUAAAAUCUUUCCAAGCUUGUUCAAAUACAAGUGUUUUAAUUUCUCUGUUUUUCUUCCUUUGAACUCCCAACCCUCUCCAUCUGUCUAUGGUCACUCAGGUAGCGAGGUUUGUAAUGACUGAGAAUGCCAACAACCAAACACUGAAUGCUUGAAUUUUUAACUCCAAUAGAUGACAUGUAACCAAGUCACAAAUCUAGAUACAUGAGGGUGCUCAUGCCAUUGCAUAUAUUGCUCAUUUUGCAGUUUCAACUUUCAUAACUCUGAAAUCAAUGUAUGUUUAAAAAAAAAUCAGGACUAUUUAUAUGCCUCUUGUACUCCUGCUUGUUUAAAUUAGUUGUUGGGCUGAUCUGGGAGGAAUGUAGUUUUGGACAUUGUUCCAGUUUGUUUUUAUCCAGAAAACUUGUACAUGGGCCCAGAGCUUUGGAAGUUAAUUAAAGCAAUUAAAUGAAAAUUGUUAUCAUUUAGCAUUAUUACAAUGUUUUUAUCAAACCCUGCAAAGUUAUUUGCACUGUUUAAUUACAGCAUUGUGUGAGAAUUUUUACUCCUUUUUAUAAAAAAUAAAAAAGGGGAAAAAAGGGAAAACAGACAGUGGAAUAUGGCUGCAGUCUAAGAGAUUGUGCAGCUUGGAAAGGAUGGGAUUAUCUGUUACCACCUGCAACAGUGAGAGGAGAACUCAAUUUCAGUCAAUAUCUGUAAGAAUUUUUGUUUCUUAUUUAAGCAAGUAGACGUUCAAAAUGAUCACAUUAAGAAUGGAUGUUAUGAUAUUUGAGUUGUAAAGCAUGUGAACUGAGGUUGCUCUGGAUGUUAACUUAGCCUUAACUGAUGAAGUCCUUGAUCUGUAUUGAUUCUAUCAAUACGAAAUGUCCUUGAGAAACGACAACUCUCAGUUAAUGAUUUUUUGUGGGUGAGUUAAUAUAUACACAUUUCACAUUUUUAAACAGUAACGGUUUAUUAAAACCAGCUUAUUCUGAGA